AGUUACACGUUUUCCCCCAAGCAGCCUCAGACGGACGUUGUCACGGGCUUGGGGUUGGGGACGGAGCGGUGACCAUGGCUGGGCUGGCGUUGUCUCCUGUGCCCAGCCUCUGGCUGGUGCUGCUGCUGCUGCUGCUCUCAGCAGCUGAGCCGGUGCCAGCAACCAAUUCAAAGCAACCGCACCAGAAUCCCAAAGGUAGCCCUUGCUCUCAGAUCUGGCAGUACCCACGUUUCAUAGCCAGGAAACGGGGCUUCACAGUGAAAAUACAGUGCUACACGAACGGCACCUCCAGGAUGGUGAGCUGGCUCCGGAAGCGGACGAUGGAUGAGGAGCCCCAGCAGAUGAACCUGGAACAGGGCCGCAUGCAUCAGACCAACGGCAGCUCUGUCACCACCCUCACCAUCCAAGACAUCCGGUUUGAGGACAACGGGAUCUACUUCUGCCAGCAGGAGUGCGACAACUCCUUAGAGGUCUACCUGGGCUGCGGCACGGAGCUGCGAGUCAUGGGGUUCAGCACCUUGGAACAGCUGAAGCGGAGGAACACACUGAAGGACAGCAUCAUCAUGAUCCAGACGCUGCUGAUCAUCCUCUUCAUCAUCGUGCCCAUCUUCCUGCUGCUGGACAAGGAUGACGGCAAGGCCGGCAUGGAGGAAGAUCACACCUAUGAGGGCCUGAACAUUGACCAGACAGCCACCUACGAGGACAUAGUGACAUUGCGGACGGGGGAAGUGAAGUGGUCUGUGGGUGAGCACCCAGGCCAGGAGUGAGAGCCAGGCCCUCCCCACGCCCUGCACGCAGGCUCCUGGGCCUCAGUGAUUGCUUUGGAGCUUCCUGGCUCCUGGCCCAGCCCCCUUCCCAGACCCCCAGUCAGCCUCUGAAGCUGGCCCACCAGAGCCACCACUCAUCUCCAGGCCCUGGUCCCAGCUCUUGCCAAAGGGCCUGGAGUAGAAGGACGACAGGGCAGCAACCUGGAGGGAGUUCUCUGGGGAUGGGCAGGACCCAGCCUCCUGGGGGUGCUAUGAGGGGAUCCGUCCCCAUGCGUGGGAUAGGGGAGGCAGAGACUGGUCCAGAACCCGAAAAUGGACUCGGAGCCAAGGGACUCCCAGCAGAGCUUGGGAAGCGCCGUAGACCCAACUGGGCCCCAAAAGAGCCACGGGAACAUUAUUCCUGUCCUGCAACCGCUCCCACCCCAGGGCCGCCCCAGCCUCAAGCCCCUUUCCCCAUGGAAUAAACGAUGUGUCCUGAGAAACCACA